AUGCGGUAUACUACGAGGCUGAAUGUUCUCGUCGGCCUCGCCUUCCUCAGUUUUCUCAUCGCUUUGCGACUGGUUUAUGUAUCUGACUAUGGAUUGCCUAUCCGAGGGAAAUGGGAUAGCUGGGCGGAUGUCAAAGCUCCGCCCUUAGCGAGCUCUCCGGACCAUAGACUUGUUGUCUUUGGUGAUGCUUGGAGCUACACUGGCGCGCGACUCCACGACCGAGGCAAGGGAUGGCCUGAAUGGGUUUGCACAAGUUGGCCGUGUCGCCUAGAGACCUACGCUCAACAGGACCAUGCCUGCCAAGGCCCCUUUUGCGGAUCUGUUGUUGACGACCUCGAACUUCAGAAGAUCACAUCGGACCUUAAUGAGCUGAGAGAGCCUUUACCAGACCUUCGUGCUCAAGUUGAUCAAUGGUUGACCUCCGAGCAUGAGGCAAUGCUCAAGGACCCUGCGGGCGGUGACAUGCACGCCCGAAUGAACGACACUGUAUUCGCCGUUUCGUUUGUGGUAUGGGAUAUCUGGAAAUUCCUCCACGCGCCUUUGGGCGACACCAUCAAGAGCUCCAUCAGCCGCAGCAUUGACUCGCUCUUCGAGCAGCUGAACCGUCUACCUGCAGAAAGCGGGUUUGGCGACGUAAGGGUCGUCCUGAUGUUGUCCAUUGAUCCGACUUUCCUUCCAGCGUUUGAUGCGACGGCAGGGCAAAAAGACAUGGUCUCAAUCGUGGAGCAGUGGAACAGGGAAUUGCAAGAAAAGGCCAGGGAAUGGGAAGGCGGGUCCAUGUAUAUUUUCGACACUAAUGAGUUCCUUCUGGACCAGGUUCGGGGAUACCAAUACUACGCUGCUGGCAUGCUUGACGCGAAUGGGCUUUGGGAAGAAAACCCAUGGGACGAUGUCGAGCACCCCUGUGUUGAAAGCACGGGCAAAUGGAUGACGUUCCUGGGUAACGAGAGCAAAACAUGUGAAAAUCCAGAUAAAUUUUUGUUUUGGGAUGGCCUGCAUCUCGGCCCGACAGCGAAUGAGCUUAUGGGCACAGAAAUCUUUCAUAGCAUUGAAAGUUCCUGGAUCGAGAACAACGAUGCUGUAGCUCCCGAACCCGAGAACCACGAAGCCGAGCAGACCGAUAGCACACCUAUAAAUAGACGCACAUCCCGGAGAAACGCAGGCGUUUCUUUCGGACGCUAA